AUGGCCGUUGAUACGAGUCACCGCAUACGGUAUCAAGAGACGGGCCGAGGGUCUCCAACGGAGAUAGUCGGUAAGCUCGUCUGUACAGGCGCCAACAACAGGAGCGCAACCGGAAACCCGACGCUUCAUGGAGAAAUUGCAGCUAUCAACAACUGCACGCAGAUCCUAACAGACCCUUCGGGGCCGUACAAACUCUCACCCAAAGAGGCACUCGCCGCCUUCGCAGACUUAUCGCUAUAUACCAACGCCGAGAGCUGCCCGAUGUGCGCGUCUGCGGUGCGAUUCGCCGGGUUUAGGGAGUAUGUGUACGGCACGUCGAUCGACACGCUUGUGGAGCGUGGCUGGGACCAGAUCCAGAUCCCGUCCGCGGAGGUGUUCCGGCGGUCGUCGGGCCUACCGAGUUCAAGCGCUCUGAUUGCUGAUGUCCUCACGAACGAGACGGAUCCGCUGUUCGCGUGGCAGAAUGACCCUAAGUAUCCGUGUCCUCGGGGAUGCUCGCGGGUAGGAGGCGGACGUCGCGAAGUAGACUGCUAUAGUGGUUAGAUUGCAUCGUGGUUCUCUAUUGGCUAUGGUAGGGAGAUCUGGAUAUUUGGCGUAAUUUAACUACUACUGGGUUGGUAUUAUUAGGAGGAUAUGAAAACAACUAGGUUACACGAGUUCGCUCCUAUAUUUCCUGGGAUAUAUACAACUAUUUUCUUUAUAGAUAUCCCCUAUAUCCAUAGCAUAGACGAGGCAAUACGCACACAUUAUAAUGUCAUUCAUUAACUCUCAACUGAAGCAGACCUAAUCCUGCUCUGCUUUCACCUCCCCCCUCAUCUUCUCAUCCCGAGCCGAACCGCU